GAUUGCAACAUCCUGUGACAAGUUGCAACCAGUUGCAACUCUAUGCAUAACGUGUUAAAUUUGUACAUGUAGUGUUCUAAAUAGAAUAUUAUAAUCACAAGUGUUUAAAAUAUUGAUAACAUUACUACUAAUCUUCAAUCAUAAGUCAAGAAUUAAGAAUCUAGAUUAGGAUAAAAAAUUUAGGAACACAAUGGAUGAAGUGAAUAAACUGGAACACCUCUCUUUGGUGUCAAAAAUCUGCACGGAGUUGGAAAAUCAUUUGGGAUUGAACGACAAGGACUUGGCUGAAUUUAUUAUACAUCUGGCCGAGAAGAACGACACAUUCCCAGCGUUCAAGAAGGUAUUGAUCGAGAAUGGAGCAGAAUUCUCGGAUUCUUUUAUGGCCAAUCUGCUCAGAAUAAUACAACAUAUGAAACCUACCAAAACAUCUUCUGAGAAGCUAUCCAAGCUUAUGAAUAAGCAGGAUGAACUGGCGAUUAAGUUUCCUGCGCUGGCGUUACCGAAUGAGGAUCUGCAGCGUCCCGUUGCAAACGAUGCGAAAGAUGAAGAUAUUGUUAACGAUGUUAUGGCCUCCCUGGAAUCAUUUGCACCGUCCAAUAGAAAGCAAUCUGCAGACAUCGAAAAAAAUAACAGUGCGACUGAUAGCAGCACUGAGAAGAAGCAUAAACGCGGAAAAAAAAGCAGAAGCAGAUCGAGAGAUAGAAGAAGACAUAGAUCGAGAUCGCCGAAUCGAAAAGAGAGGCGGCAUCGAUCUAGAUCGCGCUCCAAAUCCCGGAAUCGUCACAGAUCGCGCGAUAGAACGCGUAGGAGGCGUUCCGGAUCCCGGGAGCGCAGAAGAUCGCCGUCCCGCGAUCGUAGAGAUGCGAGACACAGGAAACGCGACGCCGACAGAUCGCGAUCGAGAUCCGUCGAGGAAUCGCUCGCAAUGGAACCGGAAGUUAGUAAAAUUUAUGCUGGCAAGGUCGCGAACAUCGUGCCAUUUGGCUGUUUCGUUCAACUUGAAGGCCUGAGGCGCAGAUGGGAAGGUUUGGUUCAUAUCUCCCAAUUGAGGCGCGAAGGUAGAGUGGCAAACGCGAGCGACGUGGUCUCGAGAGGUCAAAAAGUCCUGGUGAAGGUUCUCAGCGUCGGUGGACAGAAGGUAUCCCUGAGCAUGAAGGACGUCGAUCAAGAAACCGGCAGGGAUCUGAAUCCCGUGAUGGCAGUCGUGAAAGCGGAAGAAGACGAGAAGCGACUGCGCAAUCCGGACAGACCUACGUCUUUGUUGGAACUUCAGGGCAACUACGACGAAGACGAGACGUACUCGAGGAAGCGCGUGCAGCGCUUGUCGUCGCCAGAGAAGUGGGAGAUCAAACAGAUGAUGGCUGCGUCGUGCAUCGACAGGAGCGAGUUACCGGAGUUCGAUACGGAAACGGGGAUCCUGCCGCGGGAAGACGACGAGGAGGAGGACGUAGAGAUCGAACUCGUCGAAGAGGAGCCGCCGUUCCUGCAAGGUCACGGUAGAGCGCUGGGCGAUCUCAGUCCUGUCCGGAUAGUGAAGAAUCCGGACGGCUCGUUAGCGCAAGCGGCGAUGAUGCAGAGCGCUCUGGCGAAGGAGCGAAGGGAGCAGAAGAUGCUGCAACGCGAGCAGGAGAUGGAUUCGGUGCCUACCGGCUUAAACAAGAACUGGAUCGACCCGCUACCGGAAGCAGAGAGUCGCACGCUGGCGGCGAAUAUGCGCGGAAUCGGAUUGCAGACGCAGGAUCUUCCCGAAUGGAAAAAACACGUGAUAGGCGGCAAAAAAUCAUCGUUCGGCAAGAAAACAAAUCUUACGUUACUGGAGCAACGUCAAAGUCUGCCGAUCUACAAGCUGCGCGACGAUUUGGUGAAAGCGGUGACGGAUAAUCAGAUUCUGAUCGUAAUCGGGGAGACUGGCUCGGGCAAAACAACGCAAAUUACGCAGUAUCUUGCGGAAUCCGGUUUUACAGCACGCGGCAAGAUCGGCUGCACGCAGCCGCGACGAGUCGCAGCCAUGAGCGUGGCCAAGCGCGUGGCCGAAGAAUUCGGCUGCUGUCUCGGUCAAGAGGUAGGCUAUACGAUCCGUUUUGAGGAUUGCACCGGGCCGGAGACCAGCAUCAAGUACAUGACGGACGGUAUGCUGCUGCGCGAGUGCCUGAUGGACCUGGAUCUGAAGGCAUACUCGGUGAUUAUGCUGGACGAGGCGCACGAGCGCACGAUUCACACGGACGUGCUGUUCGGUCUGCUGAAGCAAGCGGUCGGCCGCAGGCCCGAUCUCAAGCUGAUCGUCACCAGCGCCACCCUGGACGCGGUCAAGUUUUCGCAGUACUUCUUCGAGGCGCCGAUUUUCACCAUUCCCGGACGCACGUUCGAUGUUGAAGUUAUGUACACGAAAGAACCGGAGACGGAUUAUUUGGACGCUGCGCUGAUCACCGUCAUGCAGAUUCAUCUGCGUGAACCGCCGGGCGAUAUUCUGCUCUUCCUCACCGGUCAGGAAGAAAUCGACACGGCCUGCGAGAUUCUCUACGAGCGCAUGAAGUCGCUCGGUCCGGACGUGCCGGAGCUGAUUAUUUUGCCGGUUUAUUCGGCUCUGCCCUCGGAAAUGCAGACCAGAAUAUUCGAGCCGGCGCCGCCCGGCUCGCGCAAAGUCGUCAUCGCCACGAACAUCGCCGAAACCAGCCUGACGAUCGACGGUAUUUAUUACGUUGUCGAUCCGGGCUUCGUCAAGCAGAAGGUGUACAACUCCAAGACUGGAAUGGACAGUCUUAUAGUGACGCCGAUCAGUCAGGCAGCGGCGAAGCAGAGGAGCGGGAGAGCCGGCAGAACCGGACCUGGAAAAUGUUACAGAUUGUACACCGAACGGGCUUACAGAGACGAGAUGCUGCCUACACCGGUCCCGGAGAUUCAACGGACAAAUCUGGCCACCACCGUGCUGCAGCUCAAAACUAUGGGCAUCAACGAUCUAUUGCAUUUCGAUUUCAUGGACGCACCGCCCGUGGAGUCGCUGAUUAUGGCGCUGGAGUCAUUGCACAGUCUGAGCGCCCUCGACAACGAAGGUCUGCUGACCCGACUCGGUCGGCGAAUGGCCGAGUUCCCGCUGGAGCCGAACCUAUCCAAGAUGCUGAUCAUGAGCGUGCAUUUACAAUGUUCCGAUGAGAUCUUGACCAUCGUCAGCAUGCUGUCCGUGCAGAACGUCUUCUAUCGGCCGAAGGACAAGCAAGCCUUGGCCGAUCAAAAGAAAGCGAAAUUCAAUCAACCUGAGGGCGAUCACUUGACUUUGCUGGCAGUCUAUAAUUCCUGGAAAAAUAAUAAGCUAAGUAAUGCCUGGUGCUACGAGAAUUUCGUGCAGAUCAGGACGCUGAAGCGCGCUCAGGACGUACGUAAGCAACUGCUGGGCAUAAUGGAUAGGCAUAAGCUGGACGUGGUGUCAGCCGGCAAGAACACUGUGCGCAUACAGAAGGCAGUGUGCUCAGGAUUCUUCAGGAACGCCGCGAAGAAGGAUCCGCAGGAAGGAUACAGGACAUUGGUCGACAGCCAAGUCGUGUACAUUCAUCCGAGUAGCGCGUUAUUCAAUCGCCAACCGGAGUGGGUCAUCUAUCACGAACUCGUACAGACCACGAAGGAAUAUAUGAGAGAAGUGACGACUAUCGAUCCCAAAUGGCUUGUGGAAUUCGCACCCGCGUUCUUCAAGUUCAGCGAUCCGACCAAGCUUAGCAAAUUCAAAAAGAAUCAAAGACUGGAGCCGCUCUACAACAAGUAUGAGGAGCCGAAUGCGUGGAGAAUAUCUCGGGUUCGCAGGCGACGUAAUUAAAAGAUACGCUUAGGACUUUUGUAUGCAAGCGAGUGUAAAUACUGUUCUGUUAUAAUGAUCUUUGGUGCGUACAAAAAAUAGGCGUUUCAUUUUUGUGAAAGUUUUUAAGACAGAAAAAAUGAUUCUAGUUCAAAGUAGCGUUUUUUUUUUUAAAUCGUUUUUACACUUGCAUCUACAAUGAUGAGACUUUGUGGGAUGGAGAACACUUUUAUUUCAUAUGUAUGACAUUCGGUUCUGAUACAUGUAAAAAAUACUCUAUCAUCAGAAAGCAAGGAAUGAAGACAUUUUGUGAUAAAAUCGCGAAAAUAUCAACACGACUUUAUUACAAGCUAUGAAGCUCACGAGGAAAACGAUUGAGGAAAGUAUUAUGAUCAUUGAAUUAUUUACAAGAUUAUGCUAUUAUAAAAGGAGGAAUAUUUACAAUUUCCACGGUGUACAUAGACUAAACAUUGUAAACUUUGUAAAUAUAAUCAUAUUCAUCACGUCACAAUAGACUUUCAAUAUUUGUCAUUGUUUUAAGAUCUGUUUUGAUAAAAUAUGAUACAAAUUUCGAUAAUCAGUCUUAGAGAAGAGGGCAACAUUUUAAGAUUAUACAUUUGCAGUCUUUCCCCUCUUGAUUAAUUAUUAAAUUUAUUAAAUAAAUACAUUCUCAAUAAACAUUUAGUAUGAUGACAUAGGGAACCAUUCAUAUCUCUCUAAUUCUUCCCCUUUUUUAAAUUUAUCUUUGUGUUGUGGUAACCGAGUUAGUUUAUGUGGACGCAUAUACAUAUAACACGGUUAAAACACCAUUUGUAUAAAAGAAUCUACAGAAAAUUUAUAACCCCUCGAAAGAGGCAGAUUGAUAUUUUGUGGUCAGGAAAUAUUUUCUUUUCACUUCUGCACACUUCUUAUGAUAUAGUUCGAUAAUAACUGUUUCUUGGCUCAACAGUACAAAGUAUAUCUUCAAAAAAAAAAAAAAAUAAUUCU